AUGAAGCUCUUCUCGGCUUUCUCCCUGCUGGCAUAUGCGGCUACGACACUGGCUCAGACUUUCGGAUCCUAUACAGACGACAAUGGCAUUACCUUCUGGCAAGCUACCCUUAGCACUGGCGUCGGGACUGGAGGCGGUCAAUUCGGCAUGGCACUGCCUGCCGCUGCACAGGAGAAAUACACUGACGAGUACAUUGGACGAAUGGUAGCUACGAGGCCUAAAAGCGGGACUUGGUUCGGAGUCAGUCACACUAGCAGUAUGACGAGCUCCCUGCUUCUCCUUGCCUGGGUCGACGGCGAGAGCGUCAUGUCUUCCUUUCGCUACGCCUCUGGGUACGUGGAACCGGAUGUCUACACUGGCAACGCUUCACUUUCUGUCAUCGAUUCCGCUGUCAACGAUACGCAUUUCUCCCUAACGUAUCGCUGUGAGAAUUGCUGGAGAUGGGAAGAUGGUGGUGUUUCUGGAAGUCAGGUUCCUGCUACGACUUCUGCUGCUGCACAACUCAUCGGAUGGGUGCAAGCUACAAAUGCACCUACAAAUCCCAGCGAGGCGGAUACGGGGAUCAAGCAGCAUGCCGAGGAUGGCAUCUUUGCUGUCACGGCCGCUAGUGCGAGGAAUACCGCGUAUACUUCUUGGGUUUCUCUCGCUACUGCUACUGCUGCGCCUGCUUCUAGCAGUGCGCCGUUUCCAGCUGGUAAUGGUACUGCCACUGCUACUGCGACCGGGACGGGCUCUGUGGCGUCUUCAACAGCUGCAGCUACCUCCGCGGCAUGUGCUAGCAACAGUACAGUGGUCAGCCAGACGUAUGACUAUAUUGUUGUGGGCGCAGGAGCUGGAGGUAUCCCGCUCGCAGACAAGCUCUCGGAAAACGGCGCCAGCGUCCUUCUCGUUGAACGAGGUCCUCCAUCUUCUGGCCGCUGGGGCGGUACUCUCAAGCCAGACUGGCUCGUCGGCACCAAUCUCUCCCGCUUCGAUGUCCCGGGCCUAGACAACGAAAUCUGGGUCGACUCCGAAGGUAUCGCCUGUUCCGACUUAGACGUAAUGGCAGGCUGUGUCCUCGGCGGUGGAACCGCUGUCAAUGCAGGUCUCUGGUGGAGAGCCAACCCGGAAGACUUCGACUACAAUUUCCCCGAAGGCUGGAAAGCUGCGGACAUGCAACCUGCAAUCGAUCGUGUAUUUGAAAGAAUCCCGUUCACGCAGACUCCUUCUAUGGAUGGCAUUAUCUACAAACCGCAAGGGUACGAGGUUGUUGCUGGUGCGCUGGCUGCUUCUGGAUGGAAGAAUGUGACUGCGGACGAUGUACCAGCACAGAAGAAUUACACUUUCUCGAGGCCGAAUCAUAUGUUCAGCCAUGGAGAGCGUGGAGGACCGAUGGCUACGUAUCUUGUCUCGGCAAGCCAGAGGAGCAAUUUCAAGCUCAUCACCAACACGACUGUCAACCGUGUGGUGCGUGAUGGCAGCACCAUCACCGGGAUCGAAGUUGAAGCCUUCCUGGACGGCGGCGAAUGCGGUACGAUAAAUGUCACGUCUACUACGGGAAAAGUCAUCCUCUCCGCCGGAGCAUUCGGUACACCCAAGAUUCUCUUCCGCUCCGGAAUCGGGCCACAAGAUCAGCUCGAAAUCGUCCAGACUGCUGAGGGUGACAAGAUGAUCAACAGCUCCCAAUGGAUCCACCUCCCCGUCGGCGAAAACCUGGACGACCACGUCAACACCGAGAUCGUCAUCACCCACCCCAACGUCUCCUUCUACGACUUCUACGCAGCUUACGAUUCCCCCAUCCCAGCCGACAAGACCAAAUACCUCGACCAUCGCUCCGGCAUCCUCGCGCAAUCCGCGCCAAACCUCGCCGCCGUCUUCUGGCAGGAAAUCCCAGGCGCCGACGGAAUCACGCGCCAGCUCCAGUGGACGGCCCGCGUCGAGAGCGGGCACGGGGUCACGAACAACAAAUCCAUGGUCCUCUCGCAAUACCUCGGCCGCGGAGCCGUGAGUCGAGGCCGCGCCACCAUCUCCGAAGACCUCAACAUGGUCGUGUCCCGAGUGCCCUACCUCUCCGACGCAAACGACCUCGCGGCCGUCAAGAGCGGCAUCGAAACCCUCCAGAAAGCCCUCGCCGCGGAUCCGCAGAUCCAGAUCGUCUUCCCGGCCGCGAAUACCUCCCUCGACGAGUUCCUCGGCACAUAUCCCCUGACGACGUCGGCGCGGACGGCAAACCACUGGCUGGGGACGUGUAGAAUGGGCACGGCUUCCGGGCUCGAAAAUAACGGCUCCGCGGUCGUCGAUACGGAUACGAAAGUCUAUGGGACGGCGAAUCUGUUCGUCGUCGACGCUUCGGUUUUUCCUGGCAUGGUGUCGACGAACCCGAGUGCUCUGAUUGUCAGUUUGGCGGAACGUGCUAGUGAGAGGAUUCUUGCUCUGGGCGCGCGGAAUGGUGGGGGGAGUAUUGCUACGGCUGGUGGUAGUGGCUCUAGUAGUACCGCGAGUGCUCUUGUUCCGUCUGCGUCUGCCUCUGCUUUGAAUGGGACUUCGACUGCUGCCGCUGCUAUUGGGACGGGAACUGCAGCUCCGUCUGCAUCGGGUCUUCCGCCUGGGACGGGAGGAGAGGCAGGUCUCUAUCAGCAAUGUGACGGCCUGGGAUCCCAAAUCAAGACUUGCGCGAGUGGGUUGAAAUGCGUGAGGCAGAAUCUCUAUUACUGGCAGUGUCUGCGGAGCUGA